AUUCAAAGAUGGGAUCAUAGCUAAAGUAUCUGGUGGCUUUGGUGCAACAGUCAGUAGUUCUAUUGGAUCGAACAACUCUUAGCUUGUAUAAUCACAGAAUAUUUUAAUAUAACAUGAGCUCUCAUUGGCAACUUUCGAUUUUACAUUUCGGAACUAGUAGUCGAGACUAAAUGCCGAGACUACCGGAAAUUGUUAUUCCUGUGGUCGAAUGCUACUAGUCGUCUGAUCAAAUCACAAUAAUGGAUGCGCCGUCAGGAUUUCGGCAGCGUAAGUCGGGUCAGAAACGUCGCGGUAGAGGUGGGAAAGCUGGUGGGCAGGGAUCACGGCCGCAGCUGUUUGAAGAUACAAGCACUAUGCCCCCGCAGCCAACAGCCCCACCAUAUAACAUGAAUUAUGGUGGUGCUCAGUAUGGCCCAGGUUUUGAAACUACAGCCUAUCCUUCACAACAACAGUUCAUGGGGCAACAAUUUUUCAAUGAUCCAAUGGCCUCAAUGGCCAUGCAGUAUGGUACCUCACUUGCAGAUCAGGGUAGAGAAUAUGUGCACAAAAAUAUAGAAAAAUAUGUAGCCACAUCAAAACUUAAGUAUUAUUUCGCAGUGGAUACAGCUUAUGUGGGAAAGAAACUUGGACUUUUAUUUUUCCCCUACACACAUGCUGAUUGGUCAAUUCAUUAUAAUCAAGAAGAACCUGUGGCCCCUAGAUAUGAAAUAAAUGCUCCAGACCUAUAUAUACCUGUCAUGGCGUUUGUCACCUAUAUCCUAGUGGCAGGUGUAGUAAUGGGUACCCAAGAAAGGUUUACUCCAGAACAACUAGGGAUUCAAGCAAGCACAGCUUUAGUGUGGGUAGUCAUCGAGCUUUUGGCUACAAUGCUCAGUCUUUAUUUGUUAAACCUCAACACAGAACUCAAGUAUACAGAUAUCAUUGCCUAUGCAGGAUACAAGUUUGUUGGUAUGAUUUUCAGUUUGUUGUGUGGACUUGCUUUCCAUGGGACUGGCUAUUAUGUAGCAUUAUUGUGGUUUGGAGCAUCUCUGACAUUCUUUUUGGUUCGCACAUUGCGACAGCAAGUUCUGCCAUAUGCUGCAGCAUCUGAUGGAUAUGCACAUGGCACCAAACGCAGUCUUUACCUCAUCUUGUCUGUCUCUCUUUUGCAGCCAGUUCUUAUGUGGUGGCUAACUUCUCAUAUUAUGUUUGGAAAGAAACUGUAGCCUUUUUGCAGGCCUAUUUCCCAUCUCUGUGCUUGAUGUGCACAGCUUGCAUGCCAUGGGUUAAAAAACAGUGUUUGAAUGAUGCUUAUAAGUACAGUGAAUUCAAUGUUGGACUGGGCAUUCAGAUAAUUUGACACAUCAAAUUCACUAUUUUUGAUUGCCUAUAAUUAAAUAUCCGUAUAGACCAGUCUACAAGUUCACAAGAUAUCAUGUUACGCUUAAUAAGUAUCAGGUAGGUCAUAAAUAUAUAGCCGUUUUACUUGCCAACUCAAAGGGGAUUUUUUUACCGACAUUGUGGCUUAGAGGGUGAGGAUGAGAAAAAAACGGAACAUGAAUGCAUACAGAUAUUAAAAUAUAACUGGAGAGAAGAAAGUACUACAAUACAUUGCAGUCAAAAUUUAUGCACACAGUGCUCGUUGUUCAAGAUUGAUACGGUCAUAAAUACAUGUAUCUAGGUUUUAAAAGCUGAUUGAUAAGAAGUUAAUAAAUUACAUUUUCAGCAAGGAACUGUUUGCAUUUGAUGUUAGAUCUAACACAUUUGCAUCCAAAGAAUUUAAUGUGCACUAUUGAUCACUGUUGCAUCAACAUGCAGUGACCCAAGGUCACAUCAUGCAGUCUGUAUCCACAGCCAGUAAAAUUACUGAUUUUAUUCAACUGACUUUGGUCCUUCCAAAUCUAGAUUUUUUGCCAUUUUAUAGCAUUAUUAUAGUAAAUGUUUUUGGUAUGUUCUGUAGAGUCAUAAUUCUUAUGUGCUUUUUAAUUGCUUCAUAUUUCAGCAUUGUUUAUAUGUAUGCUCUUUUUCAGCUUUGAGAUAGUUUUCAUGCCAAAUUAUCUUAGAGCAAUGAGGACAUAGAGAAGUGUUUUUUUUUUUACUUUUGUUUUGCAUAACAGCAUUCUUAUUUCAUGCAGUACAAAGUACUAUGCAAUUUCUGGCGUCUGAUUAAUGUCUGUAAUCUCGUACUAAUUUAAUGGCAAAAGGCUCAUAUAUAUGAAGGUGGGGAAAGAUCUUUCAAGAUAACAUGCUGAAUCAUUGCAGGUGAUUGUAGCUAAUGGUAGUCAGGGUAUGCAUUUCCACUGACAAGCAUGUGAUUACACAUCACAGAGAUUAAGCUAGUAGUGGUUAUGUUGGCAGUAAUGAAUAUAAGGCAGGGUUAUGCCACUAAGAAAAUUUCAGCAUGUGCAUAGUAUUUAGGUCAACAUCAUGCUGGCCGUUAUGGUUAUUUUUCAGCAAAGCAACUCAAAAUUUUUUAUUGAGCUCUAUAAUAUAUAAGGUUUCAUCCUAGUAAAUGUACAUUAUGUAUUAUUACCAUGAUUGUAAUAAAGUCUAAAAAAUUUACAUGCAUGUGAAUUAUGAAGGAUGCCAUAUAAUCUAACUGGUCCUCACUGACUAUGCAUGCAGGAGUAGAUUAACGAAUUUGAAAGAGGUAGAAUACACCAGUAUCAAAAUCCCACUGAUUGGAUGUAGAUCAAAAACUGGUUGCAUGCAAACAUAAGAUGCUACAUACGCAUAAAUCAGUACAAUGUGAAAAAAUAAAUUUAUGUCAGAAAAAGCA